CCUUCCGCCCAUCGUCAUCGAGGACGACGCCGACGAGCCCGUACCGCCGCCGCUGACAACGCCGCCCGCCAUGCCCCGCAUCCUCUACGUCCGCAACUUUCCCGUCCAUACCCGCGCCCGCGACCUCGCCUACGAGUUCGAACGGUUCGGCCCCCUGGUCCGCUGCGACGUCCCCGCCCCGCGCAACCCUCGUACAUCCGCGACUCCUUAUGCCUUUGUCGAAUUCCGCUCCGACCGUGACGCCGAAGACGCCUACUACGAUAUGCAUGACCGCCUUUUCGACGGCUAUCGCCUCGAGGUCCAGUGGGCGAAGAACCCUCCUUCCGCUGAAUGGCGCUACAAUGAAAGCCGAGGCUACGCUCGCUCCCGCUACCGCUCUCGCAGCCCUCGCCGCGGCAGGGACGACCGGGACCGCUACGACCGCGAUCGUGACUAUCGGGACCGCGACCGUGACCGCCGCCGCCGUACCCCGACUCCUCCCCCUCGUCGUCGUACGCCAAGCCCUCCUCUUCGUCGCCGCAGCGCAUCGCCCGACCGCCGUCGCGACGACCGUGACCGCGACCGUGCGCGUACCCCGCCCCCACCAGUGGUCGACGACCUGCCCAAGAAGGACGAUCGCGACCGCGCGCGGACCCCUCCCUACGAUCAUUGAGGGGUAAGCAUGUUUCGUCGUCGAUGGGCUGACAUCUGCCUCGCGCCAACUCAUUCUCUUGACAUCCUUACCUGCGGCUCGCUAUUGAGGUUGCUGCCGGCCCAGCCCACGGCUGGAUGGUUCCCCACGAUUGCGCACCGCACAAAAGUUCUUCGCUACGGCCUUUAACUUCCUUCGUCUAUACCUUGCAAAUGUCUUCUGUCACGGACUCCGAUAUCCCUACUCCUAUUGAGCCACCUUCCCAACCCCCAUGAAAUCCUUUUCUUCGAGUGCCUUGUCUUGGCGAGCAGAUUUGUUUUCCUUUUCCCCUUCUUGUCUGAGCUUCCGUUUCCUCUUCCUACUGUAGAAGCGUAUAGCAGUAGUCUGUCGUACGAAGUAUCUUGAUGAAUGCCAGUCGAUCAUGCUGAU